UACUCACACUGCAUCAGCACAAUCCCCAUCGAACUAUCCUCCAAAUGUCUCCUGCAACCCAAGACAAAGCCGUCCAGAACAUCCUGAUCACCGGCGCGGCCGGGCUCGUCGGGCCCCUGCUGGCGGCUCGCCUCCUCAACACCCCGCAAUACCGGCUCCUCCUAACCGACAUCGCCGAGCCCAUCAUCCCUGCGAACGCCGCCUUCCCGCACCACGCAACGACGCUUCAAGGCGACAUCACCUCCCCGGAAUUCAUCACCACCCUCGUCACCCACCCAUCCAUCCAGCCCCUCCACGCCGUCUUCCUCUUCCACGGCAUCAUGUCCGCUGCCGCCGAAGCCAACCCGUCCCUCUCGCUACAAAUCAACGUCGACUCUAUCCGCCACCUCACCACGGCUCUGAUCGCACACCAUCCCCCACAUGCAGGCAGCGUCCGUGUCCGCGUGAUCUACGCCUCCUCCCUCGCCGUCUUCGGCCCGCCCUUCCCCACCUCAAGCGACGGCACGGGCAAACCGGUGGUACUAAAGAUUCCCCCCACAUGGGCGCCCACGCCGCAAAGCACCUACGGCACGCACAAGCUCAUGACCGAGGUGUAUCUCAACGAGCUGCACCGCCGCGGGCUCCUCGACGUCUUCACCUGUCGCUUCCCGACCAUUGCCGUCCGCCCGGGCAAGCCCACUGGCGCGGCGUCGAGUUUCUGGAGCGGUAUCAUCCGUGAGCCGAUGAAUGGGAUGGAAUGCGUGGUGCCCAUCAAGGAUAGGGGGUUCAGGGGGUUUAUGAGUUCGCCCGGGAAGGUGGUGGAGAAUCUGGUGAGGGUGUUGGGAUGGGAGAGUGGGCUGUUGCCGGCGCAUGUGAGGUGGGUUCUAUUCCCUGGGGCUGCGGUUAGCGUGCAGGAGUUGAGGGAUGCGCUGGCGAGGUAUGGUGGCGAAGAGAGGCUGGGGCUGAUUAGGGAGGUGGAGGAUGAAGGGCUGGGCAGGAUUUUGAGGAGUUGGGCGGAGGACUUUGAAGUUGGAGAGCCGUUGAGGUUGGGUCUGGUUGGGGUUGAGAGCGGGGAUGAGAUUGUGAGGGAGUAUGUUCAGGAUUUGAAUAAGUGAGGUGGAUCGGGAAUCGAUGUUAUAGUUAGUAGUAUGAGCUUUUGCCUAUUCCACGUACGGAUUAAGCACGGCAGCUACUCAAUUCCUUUACCACUUUUAGCCAGA